AUGGUGGCUGUCUCUUCGGUUCUGAGAAUGCUGAUGUGGGGAGUCGUCGCAAUCUUUGUCAGUGUCGUUGGCAAAGCGGUCUACAAUGUCUACUUCCAUCCCCUUCGCCAUUAUCCAGGGCCCAAAUUGUGGGCUGCGUCUAGGCUGCCCUGGAUCUGGACUGCGAUAAGCGGCGAGAUACACAAUAAGAUCUCGGAUCUCCAUCAAACAUACGGCCCCGUCGUCAGAACGGCCCCGAAUGAGCUGUCGUACAUCAGCGACAACGCGUGGAAGCAAAUCUACGGUCAUCGACCAGUGGAAAUGCCCAAGGAUCUCAAAGGUCCAGGACUUCUCCCAACGUUCAAAAAUACCGAGUCCAUCGUGACUGCGUCGUCGGGAAACCACCCUCGAAUGCGACGGCUAAUAUCCCAUGCAUUUUCCGAGAAAGCGAUAAGAGAACAGGAGGACUUGGUCCAGAACUUCAUUGACCAAAUGAUUUCACGACUCACCGAUAAGUGUAAAGAGGGGCCGCAAGAUGUGACCUCCUGGUUCAAUUGGUGUACAUUCGACAUUACGGGCGACUUGGCCUUUGGCGAACCAUUUGGGUGCCUCCAGGAGACUCAGUAUCAUGAGUGGGUGAAGCAAAUCUUUCAGGGGGUGAAGGUGUAUCCCUGGAUGCAGGCCAUUGUCUACUAUGGACUGCUUCCCGUCGCCAAACUCCUUGCGCCUAAGGAGCAGCAGAGGGCCAAAGAGGAAGCCGAUGCCAAAGCCUACGCGAAGCUUGACAGGCGGAUCGCUCGAAAGGACCAAAUCCAGCGAAAGGACUUUAUGAACUACAUCCUCCGGGAGAACAAGCAAGGGUCCGCGGGCAUGACCAUGCCGGAAAUCCAGGAGACGGCCGUCAUUCUGAUCAUCGCGGGCAGCGAGACCACCGCCACGCUCCUCUCGGGGCUUCUGUAUUUUGUCCUCCGCCAUCAAUCUGUCUACCGGCGAAUGGUGCGAGAAGUCAGAAGUACGUUCACGAGCUACGAGAACAUCACCAUGGUGACGACCAAUGAGCUGAAAUACAUGCCAGUCGUGGUCGAGGAAGCAUUCAGGCUCUAUCCUCCCUCACCCAACGCCUUUCCCCGGUUGGUGCCGGGAAAGGGGGAAGCAAUCGAGGGCCGUUGGGUUGCCGGGGGCAUGACAGUAGGAGUCCAUCCUUUUGCGGCGUCGAGGCACCCGGACAACUUUUACCGCCCACUUGAUUUCCUACCUGAGCGCUGGCUGGCUCCUCACCUGAUGGAGAAGGACGACGUACCCGCGGAGAUGUUUGCCAGGGAUAAGAAGAAUGUCUCGCAACCUUUCUCAUUCGGCCCUCGCAACUGCAUUGGCAAAAGCCUAGCAUACGCCGAGAUCCGCGUGAUUCUGUCCAAGCUACUGUGGACUUUCGACUUGGCUUUGGCUCCCGAGUCUGACAAUGACGACUGGGCAAGAACUCAGAAGACAUACAUGCUGUGGGAGAAGCCUGCGUUGAUGGUCAAUCUGACGCCCGUAAAAUAG